AUGGCCACCAGCAAGCUCCAGCCGCUGACAUAUGACGCGGGCGAGCUACGCAUCGUUCUCGUGCCAACUUCAGACGAUGGCAACGAUGCUUCAGAAAAUGACAAUUUAGAAUUCGAAAACGACCGCCGAUUUUCGUCCGAUAGCUAUAGAUCUUACAGGGAACCGAACCAGUCCAUUCCAACACAUCCUAUUCCAUCUUUACAGGAUGCCUUCGCCGAAUCUUUGGACGAGGUCACGCGUGAGUCAGAUGGACCCGGAAAGCCCAAAUUGAGAGAGCAAGAUCCAAAAGGUCGCCGAGAAAGGCUACUGGAGCAAAAUGCAGAGGACGAACCAUUCGACACAUUAUGGCGUUAUCGGCCUGGUCAGCAGCAGCAUGAGAUGUACAAACUCAUCUCGCAAAUUACCUUUGGUGUAUAUCUGUUGCUCAACAGUUUGGCGGCCGAUAAUGCCCAAGUCGUCACCAUUCUCCAGGGACAUAUUGAUGAGGUAGAUGAGUUUCUAGAGGUGAUGCUAGAGGACUUUUCUCAAGCCCAUAAGGAUCUCACUGAGCGCAUUGCUCUUCUUCAACUUCCCAUGGCCAACAGAAAAGCUUUCGAAAACAUGCUUGAGGAUCGAACCUUUCGCGCCAAAAUUCUUGCUGGAAAUGAGAGGAUUGAUCACAUUCUCGCCAGAACAAACGCCGUUAUGAAGCAGUGGGACGACGACAUCGAUGCUGGACUUCGUUCUAGCGAGGCAUUCAUGGAAUGGCUCAACGAACAUAAGAACUUGGAAUGGCCCGAGGCCGAUCCUGAUUUAGAGAGCAUUUACAGAGCUAUGAAAGGCAACGCCGAUGGCUGGCUCAAUACUUUUGACGACUUGAACAACCAGGCACAGGAUUUGAACGGAUUAAUUAUCAAGCUUAUGACUAUCGUGGCUGAGAUGGAAAAGACGGCUGGCGAGGUCAGCCGUAGAACCUGGGCAACAAUCCCUCCCUUCACUAUCCUGUCGAACAGUCCAAAGACAGAAGACUCAACACAUUCUUCCUCUCCUUCAACAAAGUCGAAUGCGAAGUCAUCCACACCCGUGGCCAGUAUCCGCAGCAUGGACACAUAUUCUAUCGCCUUCUCCUCGAAAGAUAACGAUCCCGAAAUCAACACCCUAAGCGAUUUCCCUUUACCAGGAGCCGCCCCACUGCUACCACCUACGACAUUCCAACGGGCCAGUUUCCGACCCUCCCCAAAUCUGAGCGCAUCGUCUUCUUCUCCUAGACCUAAUAUCAGUUCGAGUGCAUCGCCAUCGUCCUCUGGACAUAACCUCAGCGCUUCAACCCCUUCGUCGGGUGCGACUACCCCAAGGGCAUCUAUCGCAAGCGAUGCAAACCAAGCAGAUAAGGAGGAGUCCGAUAGCAGUGAUGCGCACAGCGCAUUUGACGAUGGGGCACUAUAUAUCCUUCAACCAAAGGUUUAUACACCGAAAAGUGCCACCUCUCCUGCAAUGAUGAGCCCCGACGUGUCUCAGUUUGAGGAACAACCGCAUAGGCGAACGAUAACACAUUCGACCUACAUCUCUUCGGUCCCAGCUGAGGAACAGACCAAUCGACGAACGGCCAUACCUUCUACUUAUAUAUCUCCUCCCCAACCUGAAGAGCAGACACAGAGACGAACACUCACACAGUCUGUUCAAGAUGCGAUGGGAUUACAGAAAAGAACUUCACUACGACAACGUGUCUCCCUUAAGAAGACACCUCCUGAAUCUAUCCAAAUUCCUCCACGAAAUUUCAUAGAGGCAAAAUCGAACCGACCGUCACCUGCCAGUACAGCGCCUCGCACUGCAAGAUCUCAAGCGCCUGACUACACUCAUGCCUCUGGCCUCGAAGUCCAUCAGCCUCAUCGAUUGCCCCGUGCCAGCUCUCAUGCAGACUUCUCAUCGACAUCAACAUCAACGUCAAACUAUCCUCAUGUUCUGGCCUCACCUCACUCCGAAUAUCAGCAAAUCUAUCACCCUGUCCGUGCAUCGCCUCACUCUCCUCUGCAGCAGCGGCCUCAUACUGCUGGUCCAGGAGACGUACCAUAUCGCCCAUCGGAAUAUUUCUCCGGUCAUCAACGCAAUCAGCCCUCCCGAAUGGGCGGUAUGAGUACUCUCAGCAACGUCACAACAGCAACAUAUGAUGAUGCUGCCACUGUGACUUCUCGGGCCACUACCCAAGCCGGGGGCAAGCGAGUGAAGAAGAAGAAGAGCGCAUUCGGGUGGCUCAAGAAGGCUUUCAGCAUGGACGAGGAAGAAAAGGCAGAAUACGAAGCUCGGAAGGCUAUGCAGUACCGGAGCCAAUACCAGGAUCAGUAUUAUGAAGGCCAUAGCCCCAAAUUCUUGGACGGAAAGAGAAUUCGAUAA